GUCGAGUAUACGGGCACACCAGGUUGUCUGGGAGCCCUACAGCGAUGUCCUAGAGUUGUUGCCCCCAUAUUGCACUGCCGGCCGACAAAUAUGGAGGGCCGAUGUGCCAUUGAUCUAUUUUUGGAUAGUAGAGGAUCAUCAUCCGGAACGUGUCUUUCGUCAGUUCGGGAUGAAGCAAGUGCCACCGGAUAUUGUAGAUACGUCCGUUCAUCUCCACAAAAUCUCCCUCCAAGGUAAACUAGAUAAGGAUUGGGUGCAAGAGCAUGCUGUCUACAUUGACCGAUGGGCCCAUAGAGAGGAACAUAUUGCUGAUGCACCGGCAUUGGAUGGGGACACGACAUACCUUGCUGCUUACAUGGAGUCGUACCGAAAGACGACGAGACGGUACAUUACACGCGACUCGGCGUAUUGGGAAAUAAUGGUUGAGUCCACUGUGGAAUUACUAUUGUAAUGCGAACCAAACUCCGCAGUGUACAACCACCUGAAGAGGAUGCUGGAUCUUGUCGGAGAGAUGAGCCGAGCGGCAUUGGAGAAUGCGCGUGCCACGGUGACUGAGGCGAGCACACAGGCCACAGGCCGUGGUGGGGGAGGUUGUGGGUCUAGAGGGCGUGGACACA